AAACCUCACUCUUCAAAACACCAAAAUUCCUCAUUUCUCCUUACACAACAACAACAAUGGCUAAAGGAGGAAAACUCACAAAACUCAAAUCCGUGUUGAAGAAAAUGCAAUCCUUCAAAAUUGGCCGCGUUAAUGGCACCGCUGCCGUAGCAACUCAUCAUCAUUCUUCCUCCGAAGAAGACGAUUCCUUUUCCGAUGAAAAUCGCUGCUCCGGUAAGGAUUUGUUCCCGGUCUACGUCGGGAAAUCUCGCCGCCGGUACCUAGUGAGCUCCGACGUCAUCGAUCACCCGCUAUUUCGCGAACUUGUGGAAAGGUCCGGCGAGUCUGAAGAAUAUAUUACAGUUGGAUGUGAAGUUGUGCUGUUUGAACAUUUGCUAUGGAUGCUUGAAAAUGCAGAUCCUCAGCCGGAGUCAUUAGAGGAAUUGGUUGAAUUUUACUCUUGCUGAUGUGGAAUAACUGUCAGUAACUGAAUGGUAAAAAUAACUGUGACGUGGACGUCGAAAUUGGAAAUGGCUAAUAUUUGGUAUAUAGUUGUAAAUUUAAUUUUCCCAAGAGUUAAUGAUUUUGAUUAAUUAGUGGUUUAGAAGGAGCGGGGAAAAAAAUAAAUUAAAAAAGAGGAUUAGCCUAAGGCAAAUCUCUUUUGUAUUGAAGAGAUAAGCCUAAUGAGUGAUUUGUUAUUUCUUAAUCAAUGCAUGUUCCAUUCUUUCCAAAUAUGUUCCAAGUUUUUGUUGAUCUUAUCCAUUUUGUUCCUUCAGUUUCUUUUUUUUUUAUCUUAUUUGAAACUAUAAUGUUGACAUUU